AUGGCUGCAGCCCAAAAGAGUGGCGGACGGAGAAAAUAUUUGGACAUCGAGGUGCCAAAUCACGCUGAUCGCAAGAAUAGACGGGCUGCGCUUCAGCGGGUCUAUGAAAGCCAGCGAAAGGGGAAACGAAAGAGGCAGCAUGUUCCAGCUUCUUCCCAGAGUGCUGCUUCCACGAACGCUGGCGUGGCUCCCAUCACGGACACUGCUGAUCGCUUCACAGUGCUUGAAAGCUUGACGCACGAGAACUACAAGCUACGCAACGAAAACGAUGCUCUUUGCCGGAAGCUUCGUUGCACAAGCGCCUCGUUGAAAGAAGCUGAGCACGAGAUCUUAAAGUUGAAGGAAAAAUUGGGGAGCAAGGCUUUCCCUCUUAGCAGGGCCUUGCAGUGUCGAUAA